UUCGACCCCUAGCCUGGGAAUCUUCAGGAGGGUGCGGCCCCAAAAGGAAAAAAGAAAGAAAAGAAAUGCAGAGACCAAUGCACAGACGCUAAGCCCCAGCACAGGCUCUCUGAGGAAAGACUUUGGUUUUCAGUUUCCCUAGUUUGAUGGGCUCUGCUGCCCCCUCUAAAAAUGAACAAGGGAAAGAGAGAUGCGGCUGAAAAUUGCAAGAAGGAAUGGCUCUGAAUUUAGUUUCUGAGAGGAAUACCAAGGAAAGAGACCUCGCACCUUUGUUGACCCUGCAAUCCUGUUUUGCUGGGAUGUACUAACUCAGCCCGCUCGGCUCCAGGCAUAGCGAGCAGAGGACAUUGCCAGGAGGACACGAGUGCCAGAAUUCAGGAGGCACCGUGCAUCGUGGCACCAACAGCUUAGUUCGCGACCAAAGAGCGAAAGAUCAGAAAGUCAGCUAACUGGAUAAAGCCAGAUUGGGGGUGGGGACGGGGGUGGGGGUUGGUGACCCUUUGCUAUUUUUCUUCCUAUUCUAGCUUUUGCUCCAAGCGGAAGCGCACACCACGCCGGCUGCCGGUUUUGAAUCCGAAUGCACACUACCCAACUUGUAAACUGUCCGCAGACACCUGUUCAGGAAAUUGCUGAUCGUGGGCGACAAGGGCGACGAGAAUCUGAAGUCCCUUUACCUUCUGUUGGAAAGCAGCGACCGCCCAGUAGGAGUUGCACCAGCGCCCUGCUCUCCAGCCCCCGCUGAGGGUUGGUCCACCGCGCGCAAUUGUGCGGCGCAUUUCCGUGGUUCUGCGCCGGUCCAGCUCCCCACCUCUGCCCCUACAAGCAAAAAGGGAAACAUCUCCUGGUUGGAGUUGUGAGUUCUUCCAAGCCCCUCCAAGUGGCAGGGUCUCUGCCUCCCAGGUCGUCCUCCAGCCAGCUCGAGGGCUCCUCUCGUCCGCAGCGCCAGCCCCUGGGACUCCGCGCCUUCGCCCUCGCCCCUGCCUCUCCCCGGCAGAUGCGGUGAGCCCAGCGGGAGCCCCGGGGUCCUUAGCCGAUCGGAGGAGCGAAGAGCAAAGAAAGGGGCUGGUGGAAAGCAAAGGAGAUUCUUGUGCUCGUUAAUGAAAAUGGGUCCGUUAGGAGCAGAGGCUGAUGAGAACCAAACAGUGGAAGAAAUGAAGAUGGAGCCCUCUGGCCCAGGGCACACCACUCCUAGAGGCGAGCUGGCCCCUGACUCUGAGCCGGAGCUUAAAGACAGCACCAAGUUGAUUGAGGUACAGAUCAUCCUUAUACUGGCCUAUUGCUCCAUCAUCUUGCUUGGUGUGGUUGGCAAUUCCUUGGUGAUCCACGUGGUGAUCAAAUUCAAGAGCAUGCGCACAGUAACCAACUUCUUUAUUGCCAACCUGGCUGUGGCAGAUCUUCUGGUGAACACCCUGUGCUUGCCAUUUACACUCACCUACACCUUAAUGGGGGAGUGGAAAAUGGGUCCUGUCCUAUGCCACUUGGUGCCCUAUGCCCAGGGCCUGGCGGUCCAGGUGUCCACCAUCACCUUGACAGUGAUCGCCCUGGACCGGCAUCGCUGCAUCGUCUACCACCUUGAGAGCAAGAUCUCCAAGCGAAUCAGCUUCUUGAUCAUAGGCUUGGCAUGGGGCAUCAGUGCCCUGCUAGCCAGCCCCCUGGCCAUCUUCCGGGAGUACUCACUGAUUGAGAUCAUCCCCGACUUUGAGAUUGUGGCCUGUACUGAGAAGUGGCCUGGCGAGGAGAAGAGCAUCUAUGGUACCGUCUAUAGUCUUUCCUCCUUAUUAAUCCUGUACGUUUUGCCUCUGGGCAUCAUCUCCUUUUCCUACGCUCGGAUCUGGAGCAAACUUAAGAACCAUGUCAGCCCUGGAGGUGUGAACGACCACUACCAUCAGCGGAGGCAGAAAACCACCAAGAUGCUUGUGUGUGUGGUGGUGGUAUUUGCGGUCAGCUGGUUGCCUCUGCAUGCCUUCCAGCUUGCUGUGGACAUUGACAGCCAAGUCCUGGACCUGAAGGAGUAUAAACUCAUCUUCACUGUGUUCCACAUCAUCGCUAUGUGCUCCACCUUUGCCAAUCCCCUUCUCUACGGCUGGAUGAACAGCAACUACAGAAAGGCUUUCCUCUCAGCUUUCCGCUGCGAACAGAGGCUGGACGCCAUUCACUCCGAGGUGUCCAUGACGUCCAAGGCUAAAAAGAACCUGGAAGUCACAAAGAACGGUGGUCCCGAUGAUUCCUUCACAGAGGCUACCAACGUCUAAGGCCAUAGCCAUUGUGAAAAUAAAUGGAUGAAUUCUGACCAGAGCAUCGAGCUGCUUGAGGAGAGUGUGCAGGUGUAUCCUGAUUUUCCAUUUUAAGGAAGAAAGAGAGCAUCGGAAUGAAGCAUCUGCAGUGUAAUUCAUGGAAAACUGGUUUUCUAGAUAAAAACACUUGGAUUCAAAGACAGGGCCACAGAAGUUUGCUUGCAGUUGCUUGGAUGGUAGGUUGAAUUAUGAGUAAAAGCAGAGAGAAGUGCUUUUGACUCUUUCCCAGAAAGAGUGAGCAAGGAGCUAGCUUAUCAGCAUUGCGAUGGGUAAAAAGUUGACUUGCAGAUGACAUUACGGGGUAGAUUGGGGAGGAUGUGUAAUUCACCAACCCGCUCUCUGAUGAAGUCUACCAAUAGCAACGUCCCUAGAAAGCCAGACUCUAUAGUAGUUUGGCUUUUUGUUAUUCUUCUUAUGGACAAAAAUCAUCAGAGAAUAUGCUGGAGACCAACUAUUGGAAGGACUUUAAGGAAAUAAAUUAAAUUUGCUAUGUAAUUAGUAUUUCGGCAAAUAGUGGGGAAAAUCUUUACCACUGAGUUAGCCAAUUGAUUUUUGAAACAAAAUGCACAUUCAUUGAAAAGUUUCUUCAACGCAGAAUGGAAGGCUGAAAUUCUCAGAGAAAUGUAAACCAUCAUUUAACUUCUAGUUUCAAGUUGUCCCUGCUUUAUAUAUAUAGUUACUAUUUAGCUAACGAGCCUGCAAUGCAAUACUUUCAAUCAUCGCUAAUUGUUCUUUUACAACACAUAUUAUUCCUAUGUUGGAGCUGAAUUUGUCCCCACUAAAAUUAUAUCAGAUUUGCAGAUAGUUUUGUGGCAUUGUAUAAUAUUUGGUGGUUAUUUGUAAGCAGUUUUUGCACAGGUAUAUACCUUUAACAUGUUUACUGA